AUCGAAUUCUAACAUGAAGUUCAGCCUCGCAGCCAGCAUCCUAUUCCUCGCGAGUACAGUCUCCGAACAUUUUUUUCCUCAUCUUCUCGAAAAAAAAAUUAUAAGAAUCUUCUCAGCUAAUGAAUCCCCGGCGUCUAGGCAACCGACAACUGUUAUUGCGUUGGAUCAGGAUCUCUCCCAGCUACAUCUGGACGUACUUGCUGCAAGCAAGCUCGGGAACCUGCGAACUUUGACAGUUCAACCGGCAACUGCGUCUUCCCCAAUGGAGGAAAUUUUCAACUUCGCCAAAGUCGAUUCAGCGGCUGCUGCUCGAGCCUUGGGAAUAACAGCAGUGUCUGCUUCCAGAGGUACAGAUGGGCAAGGGUGGUAG